AUGGACAUGGACGAUUCAGAAGAAUUUACAAGACCAAACAUAACAAAUGCGGGAUCGAAAACGUUCCACUGGUUAAUGACAUUAGCAUUACUUUUAAUCCUUCCUUCAAUAUCAACAACUCUUGUAUUUGCAGAAAAAGUCCAUACAGCUUUCUUUUUACAAAUUGUUUCAUUAGUUUAUGCUGUCAUUGAAGCUUUAUUCUUAAGAUUUCCAGAUGGUGAUGGGCAUGAAGAUAGAACAAGUCGUGGUACUGCUUGGUUUUUACUUUUUUUAAAUGCCUUGACCGUGUUUAUUGGAUCUAUGAAUUCUGGUGCUAAUUGGUUCAUGAAUAAAAAUGGCGAAACAAAGAAAGAAUUCCAUUGGAUUGCUAAAUUGGGAGAGAAAUCAGUGAGAAUCAUUCAUAGAACAUUGAGUGUCUUAUUGACACUAACAGGUUGGGUUAAAAGUUGUCUAGCACCUGUUUCUAUGUUUGGAUUUUGCAGAGAGAUUCAUACAGGUCAAUGUCUGGCACAUGGUAUUAUGGGAACAGCAUUUAUUGGUUAUGGGUUAGUUUAUGCCUUAAUUUUAGUGAUCCCAAGAAUUAGGGAAACAAAGCACAGAAACUCUCAAGAUUUUUAUGAUAGUUUAGUAAUGACAGUUUGGGGUAUUGUUAAUACUUUUACUGAACAUAGAUGGGGUAGAGAAGGCUGGGGCCAUGGUGAUUAUCAACAUACUGCUAUGGGUAUUAUUUGGUGGAGUGGUGGUUUAUUGGGAUUAUAUUUAGGAAGAGGUGGAAGAAGAACGUGGAUUCCAUCGUUGUUAUUAAUUUAUACUGGGUGGGCUAUGUCUGAACAUAACCAGCAUUUGGCUAUCAGUACAAAAGUCCAUUACAUGUUUGGCUUAUCCUUAAUGCUUGGUGGUGCUAUCAGAAUUGCUGAGAUUUCAUUUCUAUUGAAAGAUGCCAGAUCAAUCCCAGGUAAAAUUAUGUCGUUUCAAUAUUUACCAUCAUUUUGCUUGAUUGAAUCUGGUGUUUUGUUCAUGGCUGCCAAUGAAGAACAGUUGAGGUUAGUGUUGAGACUUGAAGCUGAUCAUAGUUCUUAUAUUAUGGUUGUCACAUCAGCUGCUUUUUUGAUUUAUCUAUGGUUUCUUCUACUUCUCGAACUGUUUUUGAAUUUAACCUCCUCAAACAGAAUAGAUCUUUCAAAAUACGCAUCAGUCUCAGGUUCAGAGCCUAAUCCUGAUGCUGAAGGUAAUUUUGCAACGGAUUUUGAACUGGAUAAUUUUGAUCAUGGGGAAGAACGUUGA